UCAGUCAAGAUGGCGGCGGGGGGGGGAGAGGCAGGGCAACGCGCCGCCCUCAACCAAAAUGGCGCUCGAGACGGCUUCAACCUCCCCUCAGCCAGGCCCCGCCUCCCGCCCCGCGCGCACGCUCAUUGGCGGAGGGGCGGCGAGGGCGGCGGCGAUUGGAGGAGGCGGCGGCCGCCGUGAGGUCGCGCUGCGGCCCGGCGGCGGCGGCAAUGGAGAUGGAGGCGAUGGAGGGCUCUCCGGAGGCGCUGGACGCGGCGGCGCUGGAGCUGCUGGAGGCGCUGGAGUCGCUGCAGCGGAAGCGGCAGGAGCUCGGCCACCUCCUGCGGCAGGGGUGGCUGUCCCUGUCCAGGCCCGGUACUCCCUGGGCUGUCACCGCGUCUCGUCCCUGCAGUACGGGGCCACCAUGGUCCCCCGCGUCCGCGUCCUCCCCAGGCAGGACGCGGGGGGGGCCUGUGCUUCCAGGAGGUGCGGGGACGGACCCCCAAGAGCCCGACCCCCAGCUGGGGGGGGUGACGGGCUGCGGCAGCGUCGGGCUCCCCCAGCCAAAGGGGGGGCCCCCCCUCGGCGCCCCCCCGACCCCCUCACUUGGUUCGGGGUCCUAGUGCCCCCCAGCCUGCGGCAGGCCCAGGGCAGCUUCGUCCAGGGGGUGACGGUGGCCCUGGAGGUGGCCGGGCUACAGGAGGCCGUGACGGUGGCCACCGCCCGCUACCGCGCCCUCCUGCGCCGCACGCGUCCCCCGCGGGGGAAGACGGGUGACACCCAGAGCCGCGGUGACGCAGGGAGCGCAGGUGACACGGGGACCCGCGGGGACACCGUGGCUAUGGGUGACACGGGGACCCCGGGUGACGCCGAGACCCUCGGGGACAGCAAGACCCCGGGUGACGUGGGGAGCCCUGGGGACACCGGGACCCUGGGUGACAUGGGGAGCCCUGGGGACACUGGGUGACACCGAGACCCCUGGGGACACCGAGACCCUCGGGGACAGCAAGACCCCGGGUGACAUGGGGAGCCCUGGGGACACUGGGUGACACCGAGACCCUUGGGGACACCGAGACCCUUGGGGACACCAAGACCCUGGGGGACACCGAGACCCCGGGUGACACCAAGACCCUGGGUGACAUGGGGAGCCCUGGGGACACUGGGACCCUGGGUGACAUGGGGACCCCAGGUGACACCAAGACCCUGGGUGACACGGGGAGCCCUGGGGACACCGGGACACUGGGUGACACCGAGACCCCUGGGGACGUGGGGACCCCGGGUGACACCAAGACCCUUGGGGACAUGGGGACCCCGGGUGACACCAAGACCCUGGGUGACAUGGGGAGCCCUGGGGACACCGGGACACUGGGUGACACCGAGACCCCUAGGGACAUGGGGACCCCGGGUGACACCAAGACCCUUGGGGACACCAAGACCCCGGGUGACAUGGGGAGCCCUGGGGACACUGGGUGACACCGAGACCCCUGGGGACAUGGGGACACUGGGUGACACCGAGACCCUCGGGGACGCUGAGGUGGUUGGGGCCAUGGGGACCCUUGGGGCCACCGAGGCCACCAGUGCCCCCGGGUGACACGGAGAGCCCCGGGGCCACGGGGACGGCGGUGACACCGCGCCCCCCCCGUGUGACGCAGAGACCCCCGGGGACGCCGAGGAGCCAGGGGACGCCGCGCGGCCGGGUGACACCGACACGGACACGGACACGGACACCUCGUC